UCUCCUGUGUGCUUAGUUUCUUUAUUGAAUUUUCGAUUAGUUCUUUACUAGUUUAAUAAUUGGAAGUGUUCGCCUAAUUUAUUUUUUAUUGUUCAGGCGAAAUAUCGUGAGCUACAUCUUUUAUUCUCCAUACGGGAACAUCAAAUUUUCCCAACAAAAAGCAAUCAAAUGCCACCUUGAAACCUCCAAAAUCCAGCCAUGAACACCGACGAAACAACACCCUUUUUGCAGCAAAAUUUCAGCUAAAAAACCAGCUCCAAAACACCUCAAAACCAGCCUCAAACAACCAUGAAAACGGGCCAGAAAGUUCAGUAAAAUACCCUGAAACUUCAGCCCGAAAUCGCUCUCAAAGACAGCUCUAAAAAACAAGCUAGAAGACAGCCCCAAACCCAGCAACAAUGAGCUGAAAAACAGCCCCAAAACCCCAGCCAAAAUCAGUUCAAAACCACAAAAACAGUCCUUUUUUUUCUCUCACUAAAAACACCCCAUUUUCUUUACCAUUUUCCUCCAUUAAACACCCAUAAUACCAGCUGUUAAACAUCCAAAACGAAGCCAUAAAUACACCAAAAAACGCGUAAAAAAUCACCACUAGAGUGAGGUCGCGCUAGAGUUUUCGUCCGUCGAGUUCGUCGCCGUCGUUAUGACCUAAAGUCAUUUUGCUUUGAGUACUGGUGAUGCUACAUAGGUGUACAGAAGCAGGAGGAAAUACGAGUUUGUGGUAAAAUUCUUCUUUUUGCUCCUCCAGGAAAGGGAAUGGGAAUUUGGGGGAUUAGUGCAAGAAGGAGUUGCAUUGGUCUCUGCAAAAUCAGAGUGAGAAGGCAGUCAUUCAGAGGAAGAGCAUUUUCAGACUCCAAAUCUGUUACAAGUGACGAUUCUGUCUUGCCGGUGUUGAUCAUCGGCGCUGGUCCAGUUGGUCUUGUCCUCUCCAUACUUCUUACAAAACUUGGUAUAAAAUGUGCGAUCUUAGAGAAGAGCAAGGUCUUUUCCAAACACCCUCAAGCACACUUCAUCAACAACCGGUCUAUGGAGAUAUUUCGCAAAUUGGAUGGUCUUGGAGAU